GGUGGUGGUGGUGGUGGUGGUGGUGGUGGUGGUGGUGGUGGUGGUGGUGGUGGUGGUGGUGGUGGUGAAGUGACAAGAACGAACGACCCUGGAGAAUAAUGACACCAAGAACGUUGGAGGCACAGCCGCUUACUCAGAUGACAUGAUCAUCCUCCUUUUGCGUAAUCACAUUUUAGGGUGCAUGUGA